AUAGGGAGGGACGUUGUGAGGGAUGUGUUUAAGUAGUCACUCAUUGUCCCUGUUCACAUUUGAGAUCUGACAAUCAUUUGGUAUCACACACAAUGUCUGCUGCAGUGCUUCCCAGUGGCGGUUCAAUUUUUACCACCUUGCCUGAUGUUCUCUUCUUCCCAGAGUUUGUGUUUGGUGGAUUGGUGUGGACCCUGGUAGCUUCCACACAAGUGGUCUUUCCAAAUCCUCUGGGCUGGGUCAUGUUUGUGUCCAUAUUUUGCUUUGUCAUGACCACCAUUUGGUUCUUUAUAUUCCUCACUGGUAAAAACCAGAGUGGCAUCUGGCCUAGUCUGGAUGUUGGAUAUCAUGCCACUGCUGCAUUAUUUUAUCUAAGUGCAUCUGUGCUUCUGGCUCUAGUCACUAUCACGUCGAGAGUAUCACCUCUUGCAAGUGGUUUUUUCAAGAUCUACCAGAUAUUAAUUGCCGCUGUGGUGAUGGCCUUCAUUACCACAUUGCUGUACUGCAUUCAUGCAAUGUUUUCCGCUUUCCGGUGGAAGUCGUCCUGAAAAUAUAAAGCCAUAAGAAACACUUUUCUACAGAACAUCAUUAAAAAGCCCCAGAUGAACCAAACAGUGAACCAAACGCAUGACAGCAAAUCCUGCCAAACACAACCUCAUCCAAACUACACUGUACCAGCAGGAUACCAGGGACAAACCCACCACCUAAACUAAACAAUCAACCAACCAACCAACCAACCAGGCAACCCCAAACAACUAUAUGGAUCUAUAUGGAUAUAAGGGACCAAUCUCUACCCUAACCAUUCAACCAGCAGAAUAAACAGAAUAAACCUUAACUAAGCACCUACUGUAUAUUAAUAACCAAACUACAGGAUAGUUGAGGAUGUGCUCAGCAAGAAACAAUAGGUUUUUUGGCAUUUCUUGUUUUUAAUUAUGCAAUAGAUCAGUAUUUUUGCCAGUCUGUUUUCAAUGACAUAUUCUUAUAUGAAUUUUAUUUGGUCUGUUUUGUUGUUAAAUGUUUUGAAGGGUCUCCCAUUCUGAUUUCAUCUAAAGUCUGUAAAUGCAUUUGAUGUGUGCUGUAUGUUCGAGCUGUCAAAAACAAUCGACCAAUCUUUGCAUGGAAUGUGGCUUGUGUAUAUAUUCUGGAAUAUUCCCUUUAAAAUAAAUAUAUGAGAUAUCCA